AUGCAAGACCAAACACCUAUACCAACCGCCUCAUCGGCCAAGCGCGCCCUUCCUGAGGCCAACAUGACCAUUUCGUGGCCGCCAGAACCCGCGAAGCGACAGUUCAAGAGAACCCUCUCCGCGCCACCGCGUGUCACCAUCGACCACCUCGCCUUUCCGCACAUUGUCGAGCGGAUCCUUCGUCAUGCCGACACAGACGCCCUCCUAGCGAUGCGCGGAGCAUCGCGCGCGUAUCGCGAGGAAGUGGAUGCCCGGCUGUUCCGACACGUUGUAGUCGGCUCGGACAUGACAACCUCCGACCAAGGGCUCUACGUCACCGUACCGGGUCCGCGAGGUCCAGCAAAACCGCUGCUGCGCUGGCGUGCGCGAGAGGCUCCACCUCCACGGAUCGCGGGGGCGCGCACACUGUCUCUCACCAACAUUGAGGCAUGGGAGUCCAACCUUUACUCCACCAAAACCGCUGACCUCGUAUCUACCCUCGCGACCCAUGCACCGAAUCUCGAUCUCAUCCGCAUCUCCAACACCCAACUGCACCUCCGGUACUCCAAGUUUCUGGCGAGCGCGCCCGGCGCACGGACCCUCGUGUGCAUCGGCGCAAUAGCCCACGACGACCCCUGCUCGGUUAAUCGUUGCGGAAGCGGCAUCUGGGUUGAGGCGCCAACGUUGCCUCUCGGCCUGCGCCGCUUCGUCCUCACCAUACCCUACGAGCCCGACUUUGCGUACCGACAGGACCUCGUCGGAUUAUUCGGGACACACGUCCCGGGUCUGCGCGAGGCCGUCAUCAUCCUCGCCAACGCCAACGCCCCGCACUUCAAACAACCCCCCGGCCGCCGGCGCUCGCGCCGCCUGACGCCCGCCGCAGCGUACGCGAACCGCCUGCCCAACUUCAGCUUCUUGCGCACGAUCAUCAACGAGGUCCGCCGCGCUGACCGCGGUGUACAGUGGACGCUUGUCGGCGUCGCUGCCUUCCUUGACGAGAUGGACUGCACCCCGACGCCCACGGUCGACGAGUUCGAGGCAUACAUCGACACGAAGCUCGAGGAGACGUGGCGCACGCGCGUCACGCUCGUCGACCCCGCGGAGUAUGCGCUGCGUGUAGGACACCGUCAGUUCGAGCUCGAGGCCCGCCAUCCUGAGGAUGGGGGUGUGCGAGGGCGGUGCAGCCAGUCGAGCUGGUAG